GAUGCACACUUCGUCUUCUUUUGGACUGGCCAGCUGAAUUAGUCUACAUCCCCAGAAUGUGACGCUCCCAAGUGAUGUCUAAAUAUAUCCAGAUAACAUUCAGAAAUUGUCAUAUUUUCCUUCUGUUUUCAGAAAUGAAUCACCGCUGGAGCUGGGAAAUGAUGAAGUCCUGCUGCAAAUGAGAGAUAAUGCAAAGCCGCCACUUAGACGUGUUACACCUCAACCUGGCAAGCACCGAACUACAAAACGUUACCCAACACCGAAACCUCGUCCUGCUGUCUACUUCUACGAUCCACAAUUUGAUACUCAAGAUAUUACUAUUUCAAAAAUCUUCCAUUUCAUAGUUCAAAAAAUACUAUGGAUAUUUGACAAUCUUAUGUUGAAAAAUUAUAGAAAAGAGCUUGUACACUAG